GGAGACAAGAUGGCUUCCUCCUGAGGGCCGGCGCCGAGCGGGGCCGGCGGGGGCUGCGGGGGCAGCGCGGGGGCCGCGGCGAGACAGGUUCAGCGGGUGACGCGGUUGAUGGACCCAGCAGAAGCCAAAUGGAAGAAGGGCCAAUUAAUUAUGUGGAAGAAAGGCGGCUGAACGAGGGCAGCGGACUCAGCCUGGUGAAUGGGGGCCGGCUGGAGCCGGGGGGCACCGCGCUGAUGGAGUCCAGCGGGUGGUCGCCAGGCCAGCCGCCCGCCGCCGGCAAAGCCCCCCUGGAAGACGUCCGGAACCUGGUGGCCUUCUCGGCGGUGGCCGAAGCCGUCUCCUCCUACCGGCUCCCGCCGCCGGGCUCGCCGUCGCUGCUGUACGAGAAGUUCGACUCGGAGAUGAGCCGGGGCGGGCUGGGCGCGGCGGAUGGCGUGCCCAGGGGCGAGGACCUGCACGCCCUCAAGGCCGCUCUGGCGCUGGCCAAGCACGGUGUGAAGCCCCCCAACUGCAACUGCGACGGCCCCGAGUGCCCCGACUACCUGGAAUGGCUGGAACAGAAGAUCAAGACGGCUCUGGGCGAAGAACUGGCGUCCCCGCGUCCCCGCGCCGCCGCCAUCCCCCCUCCCACCCCCCAGGAAGGUGCUAUUGACCCCCAGCCGGUGCCUGAGGCUGCCGAGCCGUGCCCGCCCGACGGCCUCCCCUUUUCCCAGAGCGCGCUGACCAUUGCCAAGGAGAAGAACAUCAGCCUGCAGACCGCCAUCGCCAUCGAGGCCCUCACGCAGCUCUCGGCCGCCCUGCCCCAGCCCGUGGGUGAUGGGCAGCCGCCGCUGCCGCCCCCCCCGCCGCCCCCCGCCGCCCCCUUCGGCCCAGGCCCCCUCGCCCCGCCGGGGGCCACGUGGCAGCGAGGGGACGAGCCCCGGUACCCGCCCGAGCCGGGGGCAGCACCUGAGCCAUUUUUCGGCGCGGCACCGCCCCGGGGCAACUUCUCAGCCCCGUGGGGGCUGGAGGCUGAGGGGGCGACGGGGGCUGGAGACCCCAUGGCAGAGCUGGAGCAGCUGCUGGGGAACGCUGACGACUACAUCAAGGCAGCUUUCAAGAGACCUGAAGCGACCCCUGGCAAAGCGACGGCCCCCAAAACAGAGCCCCCUGAGCGAGCGGCCAGCAAGGAGGCACCGGCUGGCCCCCCAUUGCCGCCGGUGCCACCAGAGCCCGACCUGCACAAGAAGACACAGCUGGUCCUGCAGCAGCAUCUCCACCACAAGCGCAGCCUCUUCCUCGAGCAAAGCCUGGCGGCGGCAGCUCCCCCGGACCGGCCGGGAGGAUGGUGGGCUCCCGGCACCCCUGCUGCGCCCCCCAAACCCUUCGAAAAGCAGCCCAAAGAGAAGAAGAAGAAAAUGCCGCCUGAAAAGCCCCCCCCGGCCAAACCUCUCCGCAAGCAAGUGCAGAUCAAGAAGGCGAAGCAGAAGGACUCGCAGCCACUCUUCCUGCCCCUCUGGCAGAUCAGCCUGGAGGGGUUUCGGGCGCCCGCCGAACCCCCCGCCGAACCCCCCGCCGAGGAGAUGCAAACGGACCCGCCGCCAUCGGCCUUCCCGCACCAGCCUCUUGCACUAGCCCAGCCCGCCGCAUGCCCCCCGCCACCCAACCCCCCCGGUGGCAUCCCCCCCGCUCCCAACUCUCAGGAAAGGGGUGCCCCCGGGGGGGGCCCCCAAAUUCACUCGGCGCCAGCGGGCUCGGAGGAAGCGCUGGCUGCCCCCCUGCCGGCCACCUCGGCUCCCAUCAUGGUGGAUGACAAGUUGGAAGAGCUUAUCCGACAAUUUGAAGCCGAAUUCGGGGAGAACUUCAACCUGCCGCCCCCUGAGACGCCCGCCCCGCUCGCCCCGGGGGCUGCCGAGGAGCCAGGGGGACCAGCACCAGCCUCGCAAGGGUCCCCUCAAGCCACCACCGCCGCCUCGGCCCCGAGCAGCGCUCCCCAGCCCAGCCCCAAGAGCUGCGCGUUGUCUCCGGGGAAGGCUCUGCUGUCAGAACCCCCCUUUACCGCCCGCUCCCCCAAACAGAUCAAAAUUGAAUCUUCUGGUGCUAUCACCGUGGUGUCCACCACGUGUUUUUACUCCGAGGAAAGCCAAAACCCGGACGCGGACGAUGCCGACAGAACGCCCACCAAGGAUGAGGUGCCGCUGACGCCGACUCUGAGCGGCUUUUUGGAGUCUCCGCUGAAGUACCUGGACACACCGACCAAAAGCCUCCUGGACACCCCGGCCAAGAGGGCACAGGCAGAAUUCCCCACCUGUGACUGCGUUGAGCAAAUCGUGGAGAAGGACGAGGGGCCGUAUUACACCCACCUGGGCUCGGGGCCCACUGUGGCCUCCAUCAGGGAGCUCAUGGAAGAGCGGUACGGUGAGAAGGGCAAGGCCAUCCGCAUCGAGAAGGUCAUCUACACCGGGAAAGAGGGCAAGAGCUCCCGGGGCUGCCCCAUUGCCAAGUGGGUGAUUCGCAGACACAACCAGGAGGAGAAGCUGCUGUGCCUGGUGCGGCACCGGGCCGGGCACCACUGCCAGAACGCCGUGAUCAUCAUCCUCAUCCUGGCCUGGGAGGGCAUCCCCAGGACCCUGGGGGACACCCUAUACCAGGAGCUCACCGACACCCUCACCAAGUACGGCAACCCCACAAGCCGCCGCUGCGGCCUCAACGACGACCGGACCUGUGCCUGCCAAGGCAAGGACCCCAACACCUGUGGUGCUUCCUUCUCCUUCGGCUGCUCCUGGAGCAUGUACUUCAACGGCUGCAAAUACGCCCGGAGCAAAACCCCCCGCAAGUUCAGGCUGGUGGGAGACAAUCCCAAAGAGGAAGAGCUGCUCCGGAGAAGCUUUCAGGACUUGGCCACCGAGGUUGCCCCGCUUUACAAGAGGCUGGCGCCACAAGCCUACCAAAACCAGGUCACCAACGAGGACGUAGCGAUCGACUGCCGGCUGGGCCUGAAGGAGGGGAGGCCGUUCUCAGGGGUGACGGCGUGUAUGGACUUCUGUGCCCAUGCUCACAAGGACCAGCACAACCUCUACAACGGCUGCACGGUGGUCUGCACGCUGACCAAGGAAGACAAUCGCGUGGUGGGCAAAAUCCCCGAGGAUGAGCAGCUGCACGUCCUGCCCCUCUACAAGAUGUCCAGCACGGAUGAGUUCGGCAGUGAGGAGAACCAAAACGCCAAGGUGGGCAGCGGGGCCAUCCAGGUGCUCACGUCCUUCCCGCGCGAGGUCCGCAGGCUGCCUGAACCUGCCAAGUCCUGCCGGCAGAGGCAGCUGGAGGCCAGGAAAGCCGCCGCGGAGAAGAAGAAGCAAAAGGAGAAGCUGAUGACGCCGGAGAAGAUCAAGCAGGAAGUGCUGGAGCUCCCCACGCUCCAGCCAAAUGCAGGUAUGGCCUUGAAAAGCGGGAUCCCCCCGCAGCCACUGAAACCUUCCAUCAAGGUGGAACCCCAGAGCCAUUACAACGCCUUCAAGUACAACGGCAACGCGGUGGUGGAGAGCUACUCGGUGCUGGGCAGCUGCCGGCCCUCCGACCCCUACAGCAUGAACAGUGUUUACUCUUACCAUUCCUACUAUGCACAGCCCAAUCUGCCUUCCGUGAACGGGUUUCACUCCAAGUUCGCGCUUCCCUCCUUCGGGUAUUACGGCUUUUCCAGCAACCACGUGUUCCCCUCGCAGUUCCUCAACUACGGGGCGCCCGAGCGGGGCGGGAACACCUGGGUGAGCAAUGGCUAUGAGAAGAAGCCCGACGUCUCGGUGCUGCAGGAGAACCUCAACCACACCUACGGGAAUACCAACUUCCCUGAGCCCGUCCCGCAUGGCAUGCGGAGCAAGAACCACCACCAGCGCACCUACGAGCGGGCCAACCGCUACGCCAGCCAGCAGAAAGCGACGGCUGCCGGGGCACACAGGACUAACCCAGGCUCAGAGGAGGCACCAUCCUUUGCACAGAACUGUUUUGGCAGCCGCCCCAUCAAGCAGGAGCCUCCGGACCCUCCGCCUGCCAUCGAGCCCCUUCCCGGUGCAGCGGCCGUGCCCAGCGCCGACCUGACACUGCCGGCCAUCCCGGCACACGGCGCAGCGCCAGAGCAGCGCUGGAGCCCCUUCAAGGCGCCACGGGGUGCGUCUUCCCCCGAGAGGACUAACACGGCCGAGGGCUCGUGGGGUGCGCUGGUGCCAGGCGCAGGCGGGCGGGAGAAGCUGAGCGCCUUCGAUGCCACCGCACGCCUGCCGCCACCGGAGAAGCAGUGGCCCAAUGUCCUGGCGGCAGGAGAGCCAACGGCGGCGCCGGCGCGCGGGUCAGGAUUGCUGCCAAAGCCGUGGAGCCCCUGCAAGCUCGGGGAGGCAGCGCUGGCCGGCACGGGCACCUCCAGCCUGCUGGGCUCACUGGGCUUCAGCUCGGCUCUGCCGGGACUGCCCAGCUUCCCCGAGGAGCCGUGGGGCUCCGUGAAGGUGGAGGAGCGCAGGACGCCGGCGCCCAGCCCGGGGCUACCGGAGAAGCCGUGGGAGGCAGCGUUGGGCGAGAAGGGGGCGGCAGGGCCCCGCCAGGACAAACCAUGGGACCCCUUUGGCUUGGAGGAGGAUCUGUCAGAGAAGGCGGUGAAGGAGGAGGAGGAAGAGGAGGAGGAGGAGGAGGAGGAAGAGGAGGAGGAGUGGUCGGACAGCGAGCACAACUUCCUGGACGAAAACAUCGGCGGCGUGGCUGUGGCGCCUGCCCACGGCUCCAUCCUCAUUGAGUGUGCCCGCCGCGAGCUCCAUGCCACCACCCCGCUGAAGAAACCCAACCGCUGCCACCCCACCCGCAUCUCCCUCGUCUUCUACCAACACAAGAACUUGAACCAGCCCAACCACGGCCUGGCGCUGUGGGAGGCCAAGAUGAAGCAGCUGGCAGAGCGGGCGCGGGCCCGGCAGGAGGAGGCGGCGCGCCUGGGUCUGCCGCCGGACGCCAAAGCCUUCGCCAAGAAGCGCAAGUGGGGCGGAGCGUUGGCGACCGAGGCGCCCAGCAAGGAGAGGAGGGACUCGGUCCCCACGCGGCAGGCGGUGGCCAUCCCCACCAACUCCGCCAUCACUGUGUCCUCCUACGCCUACACCAAGGUGACAGGCCCCUACAGCCGCUGGAUCUGAGACGGGCGCAACCGCCAUGGCCCCAUCUUACCUCAACCCUCGGCAGUGCCGGUGCCCGGCGUUGCUUCGUGGUGCUUUCUCCUCGGGCGUGGGGAGAAGAAAAAAAUAAAAAAUAAAGAGACAAAAGUGAAGCAAAACACAACAGCCACACCACAAAAAAAAAAAAUAUCCAACCCAUAGGAAGCGAACCAGACGCGCGGAGCCGGCGCGGGCACGCGCCGUCAAAGAGCUGCGCCCGGUGAGGAGUUGGCAUACCAAGCAAAACUGGGUAAAAAAAGCACCCAGGAGGAACGAUACUGUUUGAUGAUUUUAGGUAAUCUCCUAUUUAUAUCUCCAUGUUUUUUAAUCUAGCCUCAGAUGAAUUUCCUAGCGUCCUUUCACGAGGAGAGGUUUUUAAUUCCACUUAAAGGAAAAGCCUAUUUGUCGGAUUUGAUUUGAUUUUAUUUUUUACUCCAAUGACGACGACGAAGCCGAUCUUUGAAAGAGAAGCCAAUGUGGAAAAAACCCACCCUGAACACAAAUCCAAACCAACCUGAACACCAAACCAGCUUAAAGGCAAGAGGUGACUCCCUGCAGCUCUGAGGCUAUUGGGAUCAUGUGCUUUACUGUCAGCCGGACACGCUGAACAGCCGAAUAUUUUUAUUCCUAAAGGACAUAAAAAUACUUAUUUUGCAGCUCGAGGAGCCCUUUCUUACAGCGACAGGAGCCCACGAACAAGUGGGACAUCCCGGGGCGGCACGUCUUGACUCGGCUCCUCCUCCAGUGGGAUUGGCUCCACCGGGACGGAGCGGGCCAGCGUCUUUCCUGGUGCUGGAGACCUCAGGACAUGGCCAGGCUGGGAAUGCCGCUGCUGGGGGGGCCGUGCUCGGGCUCGGACUUGUGGCUACUUUGCCAACGGCCCCGGGGCGAGCAGUGGCGGCGGCGGCAUCUCCAAAGGAGCUGACAAGACAAAGAAACAGAAACAAAAAAAUACAAAAAACCAGGAAAAAAAAAAAACACAAACCAACCCCAAACUGUGAAUAGCGAGUGUUGCUCUCUGUACAUCACUGUUGCUAAAGUCUGGUGCUUUCCGUCUCCGGGGGACUUUCUCUGCGCGAUCGGCUCCGGGAAGAGCGAAUCCCGAAGACUUGGCUGGGCCAAAUCCCACCGGGUCCGCCUUCCCUGCCGGUGCCAGCAAGCCGGCGUAGCGGCCCCAGCGCCGCCGGGGCUCGGUGCUCUUUACUCUCCCCGGGUGCCAUCCCUCCUUCCUAUGGAUCACCGUUCUUCCCGCAAAAAAACCACCCAAACCCAGCUGACGACCCAACGACGAUGACGACGACAACCGCGUGGUGCUUUUGGAACAAUCUCCGUCGAGACUUCCCGCCCGCCGCCGGAGCCGCGCCCAGAUGGAGGGGCGGGAGAGCUCCCCAGGAGCGCGGCACAGACGGAUCCAGGUUCCCGGCGUCCCCGGGGGGGUUGUUGCUUUUGCACUUUGAGGUGCCUUUUGGAAGAGCCAGCGAGGCAGCGCCGACGCCGUCACCGUGCGGGAACCACCUCGUGUUUACUGUCACCCUCCUUCCCCGCGCACGGGACACGGAUCAGCAGGAUCUCGGUAAAAAACAACCUGAACAUUUACGUGGUCUGAUUUUAAACCUGUACAUAGGGAAAGAAUUUUUUUAAAAGCACUUUCACCUAGAUUUAAAAAGCAAAACUUAAAAAAAAAGCAAACAACUCCCCUUCUUCCCUCUCCCCUCCCCUCCCACCCCCCCCAACUUGAAGCAGUAUGUUUUAAACAAGAUUAUCGUGGGAGAACUGUAAAUACUGGCAGAAUAUUUAACAUGCUUUGUCCGUCCUUCAUCAUUAAUGAUUUUUUUUUUUUGUUCGUUUUUUUAACCGUAAUCUGUAAAGUCGCGUAUAUUUGACAAGGAAACUCAACGAGCUAUUCCCGCUUUUCUUAUAAAUACCCAAUAGCAUAUCAGGAUUGUAAGAGUUGACGGCAAGUCAGAUUUUAGGGAUGUCCGUUCCAGCGGGGGACCCGCCGUGUGGUUGGGAGGGGGGAGAGGGGACCCGGCUGAUGUGGGGCCGGAUUCGGGUGCCGGCCCCAUCGGCAUCGCCGGGGGUUUGUCUCUGGCUGGCGCGGCGGGGGUGCCUUGGAGCUUCGCCUGGAGCGUGGGGGGGAGAAGGAGCGUUCGGAGAAGGCGAUGGUCCGUGUAACCUGUCUAAGUCCUGCUUCCUUGGAGGUGUUUUUGGUGCAGGGAGGGGGGUUGGUCCGUUGGCUCUGGGGGGAGCGGGAGCUGCCGGCACCGUGGGUUGGGGGGAGCAAGAACUGCUGCAGUCUCACGUUUUUACACUACAUAACGUCUAACCUACCUCAACUCUCAGUCAUUACAAAUUCGCACGCUUCAGACUUCUACACAAAACUCGAAAUCUAUGCACAGCUCUUUUACCCCUUGCUGCUGAGAGGCUGUUUCCAAGCAAAAUCUUUCCCUUUACCCGCCCUGGCGGCCGCGCUCAUCCCGCCCGCACCGAAGCCACAGGGGUCACGGAGCUCGAGGGGGGAAGGAACGUUUUUAAUCGCUUCAGAAUGGGAUGUGGGGACCUCGUUUUGCAGCAGGUCGUGGCCACAAUGGUGCUAGAACAAAACCCGUGGUGGAAACCCCGGGGAGAGCUCGGCACGGGGAGCCCCAACCGGCUUCUUCCAUCCCGCUGCAGGCGGGAAAUGAGGGGUGCAUUUCGGGUCCCCCCAUCCCGAUGCUCUUGGGAUGAGGCGUGGGAAGGAGAAGGAAACCAGAAUCCCUGAGGUGCCUCAAUUGCUGAUUUUUCCUUUUAAUACUGGAGUACGCUUUGUGGGCUCUAUAAGGCAUAUUUUUAUUAAAUGAAAUCUUGUAAUACAAACGGUGCUAUGGUGUUUUAACAAACUGUAUCACGCUUCUGCCUGAUUCCAUCUCGCUGAGGUGCUACUAAUGUAUAUAUGAAACUAAGGAACCAAGAUAUAAAAAAAUAAAGCAAUGUCGUUGAGAAGGAAGUUUACCUUUCCGGAGCGACAGCUCAAGGUGUGCCGGGAGCCGGUUGGGUUGAUGCAAACCGGAGUUUUGCCAUGUCCAAGGUGUCCCGGGGUCGUGGUGGAGCCGUUCCCUGCGGAGCCGGUGUGGUGGUGGGAUGAGGUGCUCAGAUGUAUGUGGGUGUAGGGUUUGGUCAGAGGUGUGAUCUCGGUGCUCAGCGGUGCUUGGUCGUGGUGUGUGGACACGGUGCUGAGACGCGGUGUUUGGCCACGCACCGUGGGUGUAGUGCUCGGGCGUGGUGGUCAGUCACACACUGGGGACGUGGUGCUGGGACACAGUGUUUGGUCACACACCGUGGGUGUGAUGCUCGGGCGUGGUGUGCGGACAUGGUGCUCAGACAUGGUGUUUGGCCACACACUGCGGACGUGGUGCUCGGGCACAGUGGUCAGUCACGCAUCGGGGGCGUGGCACGUGGACAUGGUUCUUGGACAUGGUGAUCAGUCACACAUCGGGGACGUGGUGCUCAGAUGUGGCGCGUGGACACAGUGCUUGGAUGUGGUGCUUGGCCACGGUGCUCGGACAUGGCACGUGGACAUGGUGCUCAAGCACAGUCACACAUCGUGGAUGUGGUGCUUGGACAUGGUGCUUGGACAUGGUGCUUGGACAUGGUGCUCGGACAUGGUGCUCGGCCAGGCAUCACGGACAUGGCACGUGAACGUGGUGCUCAGACAUGGUGCUUGGACAUGGUGCUUGGGCACGGUGCUCGGCCAGGCAUCAUGGACAUGGCACGUGAACGUGGUGCUCAGACAUGGUGUUCAGACAUGGUGCGUGGACACAGUCACACAUCGUGGACGUGGUGCUCGGGUGUGGUGCUCGAACAGGGUGUGUGGACAUGGUGCUCGGACACGGUGCUUGGACACAGUGCUCAGCCACACAUCGUGGACGUGGUGCUCGAGCGUGGUGCUCUGCUGUGGUGCUUGGACGUGGUGUGUGGACACGGUGCUCGGGGCACGGUGCUCGUCCACAUCCCAUGGACAUGGUGUGCAGGCACCACGCUCGGACACGCUGUGUGGACACGGUGCACGAACGUGGUGUGUGGACAUGGUGCUCGACCACGGUGUUCAGACGCAGCACAUGGACAUGGUGCUCUGCUGUGGUGCUUGGACUUGGUGCAUGGACACGGUGCUUGGGCACGGUGUCUGACCACGUCAUGGACAUGGUGCAUGGAUAUGGUGCUCGGGCACGGUGCUCAGCCAUGCGCUGUGGACAUGAUGCGUGGGUACGGUGCUCAGACGUGGUGCGUGGACAUGGUGCUCUGCUUGGUGCUUGGACUUGGUGCAUGGACUCGAUGCCUGACCAUGGUGUGUGAACCUGGUGCUCGACCACAGUGCUCCGACAUGAUGUGUGGACACGGUGCUCAGUGGGGGUGUGUUCACGGUGUUUGACCACGAUGCUCGGACAUGGUGCAUGGACGUGGUGCUCGGGCACAGUGCCUGACCACAUCAUGGACAUGGUGCAUGGACGUGGGGGGUGGACGUGGUGCUCAGAUGUGGUGCAUGGACACGGUGCUCGGACGCGGUGCUCAGACGUGGUGCUCUGCUUGGUGCUUGGACUUAUUGCAUGGACUCCGAGCUUGGACAGUGGUGCUCCACCACGUGUCGUGGGUGUGGUGCUUGGCCAUGGUGGGUGGACACGGCACUCGGACGUGGUGUGUGGGCACAGUGCUCAGCCAUGAGGGGUGAACACGGCACUUGGCCAUGGGGUGUGGGCGUGGUGCUGAGCCAGGAUGUGUGACCGUGGUGCUUGGACUCGGUGCUCAGCCCAGUGCAGGUGGUGUUGUGCCCACAUGUGGGUACCGUGUGUGGGUUCCACGUGUGGAUGCACGACCACGGGGCUCAGAUGUGCUGUGUGACCGUGGUGCUCGGGGACGGUGCUCAGGCACACGUGGUGCUGGUCCGGGUGCACGGGCAGGGAGAGGGCGCUGGGCACGGUGCAUGGACGUGGUGCUUGGGCACGGUGCUCACACAGCAGGCACAGACACGGUGCUUGGGCACAGAGCAUGGGCACGGAGCUCGGGCAGAGCGCCUGGCACAGCUGUGGUGCUCGGGCGCUGUGCACCCCAUGGCACCCCCAUGGCACCCCCGUGGCACCCCCGUGGUGCUUGGGCCAGUGCACAGCACCCCUGACCCCACGGCACAGCCCCCCAGCACCACCUGGCCGGGCCCUGAUCCUGGCACUGCCCCCUGCACCGUGCCAGCCCCACACCUCUGGUGCUGCUCAGCACCGCCGUCCCGGCUCCCAGCACCGCGUCCCGCACCGCCAUCCCGGCUCCCAGCACCGCGUCCCGCACCGCCAUCCCGGCUCCCAGCACCGCUAUCCCGGCUCCCAGCACCGCGUCCAGCCCCGCGUCCCGCACCGCAGUCCCGGGCUCAGCCCCGCAUCCAGCCCCGAUCCACCCCCGCGCUCCCGCAGCUCCUCGCGCUCAUCCUCCCCCAGCCCGCUUCUGCCCGGCUCUUUCUUUUCCCCCUUUCCCCCCCUUUUUUUUCCAUUUUUUGGGGUUUAUUGGUGCUACUUCCCCCCCCUCCCCGGGCAGCAGCCCACCCGCGCCCCUCAAGGCAAAUACCUCAGCCCCCCCCAGCCCCCGCCAGCGAGUCCGGGGUGAAUCUUUCCGAAAUCAGGGAUCCUUUCGCAGCGGUGUUUCCUCCUCCUUCAUUUCCCCCUCUUUGGUUUUGCCCUCCUUUUCUCCCCCCCGCUUUCCGCCCGGAUUUUUCCUCAGUUCUCCGCAUCCUUCAGGGAUUUACAAACCGCCGGAAUUUCAGCCUCAUUUUAAUUUCGGGAGCGAGGAGGUUUUGGGGUGGGUUUUUUGUUGGUGGUUUUUUUUGGUUGGUUUUUUUUUUGUUUGUUUGUUUUUUUUGCCGGUGGUUUUUUUUCCGCACCGCGGCGCGAAGGAAAAAAAGAGGCGAUAAUUCCAAAUUAAAAACCAGGCGCCGUUUCUUCUCGGAUUCGGGAAUUCGGUCGGAGGCGGGGGGGGGUAUUUUGGCGUUUUUGUUGGGCUUUUUUUUUUUUUUUGGGAUAAUCGAGGAGGGGAGGUGGGACGGCGGCAGGUGGAGGGAGGAGACAUCGCACGGGUGUCCCGGCGGCUCCGAAAAAUCACACUUGAAGAUUUCUUGGUCGGCUCGGGACUGUGGUUACUUGAAAUGAAGUUUUUUUCCGGGGCGGAUCGAGGACCGGUAGAUUUUUUUCCCAUGUCUCAAGGCAAUAGGAUUAAUGUGUAUUAAACUGUAGAUACUUCUAGGACAGUAAAUUUAUGCUGAUAAUUUUAUUUUGUAUAAUUUUCCCCUCUUUCUUUCCCCCCCCCUUCUUUGUGUUGUUUUAUUUCCCCUUAACCCCCUUUUCUUUCCCCCAGUGUGUCGGUAAAUUUAUUUUUUAGGAUGCCUAAAAAUUGCAAGUUUGGAUCCCCCCCCUCCCUCCCCCCUGGUUUUGGUUUUCUUUUUUUUGUUUGUUUAUUUUUUGUUCUGUUGUUGUUUUCUGUUCUUUUUUUUUUUUUAAUUUGUAUUUUAUUCUGAGUUGGCGCGGCCAUGGGGCCGUGGGCUGUAUUAUUCCUGAUAUCUUUAAAAUAUUGUGGGUGUUUUAAUAAAUUUUAUAUUUAUUUUUUGCACUCAA